AUGGUUCACAUGAUCCGAAGUUUCCAGGCGAUAUCGGGUUCUGCAAAGGCCCACAUGGAUGGCAUGCAUGCGUAUGGGUUGCCGACGUCUAAGAUACUGGGGUACAUGGCUGGGAUUGCGGGUGGUUAUUCUUGUUUGGGUUUUACCAAGAAAGACGCAUACAACUAUAUUGAUCGGUCGAAGCAUGCAAAGGUGGUUGAUGGAGACAUGAACGCUGCUAUAGUCUACCUGGAAGGCAAGGUAGCUGCUGAUCCCAUGUCUAUGGCCCGGUAUAAUUUGACUGAAGAAGAUGAGACAAUCAGUUCAUACAAGUGGAUGUUAGAGAACUUGUUAGAAGUCAUGUGUGGGAAUAUGCCCUCUAUUAUUGUGACCGACGGGGAUGAAUCAAUGAUUGCUGAAGUUAGGAAAGUGUUUCCCUGGGCAACCCAUAGGUUAUAUGCAUGGCAUCUGCAGAAGAAUGUGACAUCGAACACCAACGAGCAGAUGUUCUGUGAUGUAUUUGCCAAGUGGUUAUAUGCCGGCAUGGAGGUCGAAGAGUUUGAGGGUGAAUGGGCACAGGUUGCUGAACAGUAUGGGUUGCUCAAUAAGUAUUGGGCGUUACAACUGUAUGAAAAUAGGAAGAUGUGGGCAAAUGCGUACUUGCGUCGCAAGUUUUGUGCUGGGAUUUGCACGACGUCUCGACGUGAGGGCAUCAAUUCCCAUCUAAAAAAAUUUUUGUCGUCUAGGCACACUAUUCUAGAGCUUGUGCAGAAUCUGGAGCUACUAGUACGGGAGUACCGGAACAAUGAGUUGGUUGCACAGUUCAGUUCAAUGUACGGUGUUUCCGUUAUGACGACAUGUCUUGAUCCCAUGGAACAGUUUGCGGCAUCGGUGUACACGAAGGUCAUAUUCACACAAGUCAAGAAGGAGAUUGAUUCUAUCUCGGUCGUUAACUUGUUGACGAGCAACCCGUUCCUCAUAGCACAAAGGACCAUGAGCCACAAGAUCUAUACCUCUGCUAUUGUGAGGCAGAACCACCGGGAAUCUGAACAGCACACGCUCAUCGUUCGUGUUAAUUUUCUGAGGAACAAAAAGGGGAGAACCAAUUUGAAAAAAUGA